UUACCGAUGACCACAACCACCGCUUCUCGAGUUUCCUUUUCUUCCCUCACCCCUAACAACAUUGGCACCGUCCGAAAGUUGAAUUCAGUUCUAUUUCCCAUCAAAUACACGGAAAAAUUCUAUGAAGGCAUCAUAAACCCACAGGUCGAAGACUUCUGUAAACUCGUUUAUUACAAUGAUGUUCCAGGUUGGUGAAGACAUUCCCGAAGUUUCAUUUAGUACCGGUAGGAUGGGUCAUUUAUUCGCGUCAACGUCAAAUAUAGUGGGGACCAUUUGUUGCCGGAUAGAGAGCAAGGAUGGAGAAGAUAAUCUGUAUCUAAUGACAAUGGGCGUAUUAGCUCCGUACCGCACUAGAGGUCUUGGAUCGCAAACUCUCCAGCAAAUUUUGACCGCUGCAUCGUCACAUACAACUCCCGCUAUCAAGAAGAUAUACCUUCAUGUACAGAUAUCCAAUGGUGCCGCGAAGAGGUUUUAUGAGAAACAUGGCUUCAAGGAAGUUGGUAUUCAUAAGGAUUACUACAAAAAGAUUAUGCCCCACCAUGCUUGGAUAUUGGAGAAGACUAUCGAGCAUUCGUAAACAGGCACCGUUCGUAAAAAUACAAUGAUUAAAGCUAGAUAAUGUAUGAAU